AUGGACGUGAAGAAUGUUUUUGAUGUGUCUUCUUAUUUUUUCUUUGAAGCAACUGGUGACUCAGAGGCUGAUGUUGUGGUUGAUCCUAACAUUGUUACUGCCAUUAACCAUGAAGAUGACGAUGCUGAAUCAUGUAGCUACAUUUUAUCUGGCUUCCCAUUUGUUUGUGAUGUAAAUAACGGGUUUGAUGCUCAAGCUGUACAUGUUGAUGAUGAAGUGGAGGAAGGAGAGGAGGUUCAUAGUUACAGAACAUGGUCAAGUCAAGAACAAAAUGGUAUUUCUGGAGACAAGAAAUCGAAUGAUUCAUCUGAAAAAGUAAUGAGUGAAAUGGAGAAGAACAAGCUGUUCUGGGAAACGUGUCUGGCAUCUUAA